AUGGCAAAAGCCAGGAGGGCGGCUGCCGUCCUGCCCAGCAUGCAGACCUCCGGCAGCAAGCCGUGCCCCUGCCCCGGCUUCAAGCUGCGGGAGGUGGCGUCCGUGUACUUCACCAUGAUCGCCGUGUUCCUGGUCAUCCUGGUGGUCGCCCUGCAGGGCUCGGCGCCCCGCAGCACCUAUUUUCCCUACAAGGUGCCCCUCGAUCCCCAGGGGCUGCUCGAGCUCUCCUGGAACGUCAGCUACCCCGAGCAAGCGGUGUACUUCCAGAUCCUCAGCAGGGAACUCAAGUUCGGGCUCCUCUUCGGGAUGUCGGACCGGGGAGAGUUUGAGAAUGCGGACCUGGCCGUGCUCUGGAGCGACGGGCACAGCUCGUAUUUUGGGGAUGCCUGGAGCGAUGCCAAGGGGCACCUCCACAUGGACUCGCAGCAGGACUACCAGCUCCUGGGGGCUCAGAGCGCCGCCGAGGGGUUCUACAUCCUCUUCAGAAGAGCUUUCAGCACCUGUGACCCCAAGGACUACCUUAUAGAGGACGGCACCGUGCACCUCAUCUAUGGGAUCCUGGAGAAACCCGUCCGCUCCCUGCAAGCCAUCAACAUCUCUGCCAUCCACAGGGGGCUGCAGAGGGUGCAGCUGCUAAAGCCGAACAUCACCAUCCCCGAGCUGCCCAGCGACAUGAAGACCAUGGAGAUAACGGCCCCCGGUGUCGUUAUCCCCAGCCAGGAGACGACCUACUGGUGUUAUAUGGCAGAGCUGCCAGAUGGCUUCCCCAAGCACCACAUCAUCAUGUACGAGCCAGUGAUCACAGCGGGCAACGAAGCCCUGGUGCACCACAUGGAAGUCUUCCAGUGCGCCGCCGAGCUGGACAGCAUCCCGCGCUACAACGGGCCCUGCGACGCCAAGAUGAAGCCAGACCAGCUCAACUACUGCCGGCACGUGCUUGCCGCGUGGGCCAUGGGCGCACAGGCUUUCUACUAUCCCGAAGAAGCAGGGCUUGCCUUUGGCGGUCCGGGCUCCUCCAGAUAUCUGCGCCUUGAGAUUCACUAUCACAACCCCCUGGUGUUCAAAGGGCGCCGCGAUUCCUCGGGGAUCCGCCUCUACUACACGGGCAGCCUGCGCCGCUACGACGCCGGCAUCAUGGAGCUGGGCUUGGUCUACACGCCGGUGAUGGCCGUGCCCCCAGGCGAGACUGCCUUCGUCCUCACCGGGUACUGCACCGACAAGUGCACCCAGCGGGCGCUGCCUGCUGCCGGCAUCCGCAUCUUCGCCUCGCAGCUCCACACGCACCUGGCAGGCAGAAAAGUGGUGACGGUGCUGUCGCGGGACGGCAGGGAGCGGCAGGUGGUGAACGCCGACGGCCACUACAGCCCUCACUUCCAGGAGAUCCGCAUGCUGAAGGAGCUGGUUGCAGUUUUUCCGGGCGACGAACUCAUCACAGCCUGCACCUACAACACGGAGGACAGGAGCCAAGUGACCGUGGGCGGGUUUGGCAUCAUGGAGGAGAUGUGUGUGAACUACGUGCACUACUACCCCCAGACCCAGCUGGAGCUCUGCAAAAGCGCCGUGGAUCCGGGCUACCUGCACCGGUACUUCAGCCUCGUGAACAGGUUCAACGACGAGGAGGUCUGCACAUGCCCGCAGGUCUCGGUCCCACAGCAGUUUUCCUCCAUCCCCUGGAACACCUUCAACAGAGACGUGCUAAAAUCCCUCUAUGGCUUCGCCCCCAUCUCCAUGCACUGCAACAAAUCCUCGGCCAUCCGCUUCCCGGGCGAGUGGGAGAAGCAGCCGCUUCCCAGCAUCACCGAGACGCUGCGGGAGCCCGUCCCUCACUGCCCGCCCACCCCAGGGCCUCAUCCUGCUGCCUCCGUGCCCCUCAAGCUGGGUGAGAUCAAGAGGGUCUGAGCCGAUUCCUGGUCCCCCUCGGCGUGCCAGCACCGCGAUGGGAUGCGCCUCUGCACGGUGGUGACAUGGGUGGCCACAGGGAGCCUCGUCCCAUCGCUCCCCCCAUCCCUGCCCCGGCUCCUGCCUCCACCCGGGGGGGGGCGUUAAGGCUCAUCCCUAGCGGUUCAGAAAGUACUCUGGGGAUGGAAAGCGCUAUAUUUAGUGCGUUAUUAGCAAGCCCGGCUCUGAGUAAUGCUGCUUUCCGCCCCCAGAAUAAUAAUGGGGAGGUUUGCUAUUGUGCCAAACCCAGCACGGCCCCGGGGAGAAGGGGGGGGGAGAAGCCUUGCUUCCCCGCAGGGAAACUGAGGCACGGAGCAAAGAGCAGCGUGGGAGCAGCACACGAGCUUUCCUGGCACCCCAUGGGCCCGUCUUGUUCGGGGUGCCUCUGUGGGGGCUCUCCCACGCUGACACCCCCAGGGGGGACGGAGGGA